UGACCUGAGCAUGAACAACAUCACUGAGCUUCCAGCAUUUGUAUUCAAGAACUUCCCCUAUCUGGAAGAACUUCACGGGACAUCGCCCCAUCCAAUCUGCGGCAUGGAACCACCAUGGAGGAGAAUUCAAACGCAGAGUCAACUGAGCAACAGGAGCAGGUUGUACCAAAGAGAAACGCAGUGCCCGUCGUUAGGACACAUUAUCGCUUCAAGACAACACCGAAGUAGUAAGUUUACCGGUAAAAGGUGACUGUGAGCCGGUUACCGGUCACCGUGAGGUCCCGGUCGUUUCAGUUAUCUUUACCGUUAAGUUCAGCCGACAAAACGUCCCAGUCAUGCGGCGACGACAGUUACAUUUAGACACCAAAACAACCAGGAAAAUUACAAACACCUGUUUCCUGCGUAAAAGUCUGGUUAACCUUUCCGGGACAUGCACUCUGCUUCCCUGGUUGAAAGUCUUUUUUUUUACUUUUGACAUGGCAGAAUUUGUGAAGAGAUGCUGUUUAUUUUGUACUUUUUUAGGAAACUUGCCUUUUCUAAUCAAACUAAAAUUUAACUUUUUUCACAAGACCUCUUAAUUAUGAUGUGAGCCCUAACUUAUCCUUUUAUCUUGAUAACAAUAAUGUAACAAUACCAGAGAUGUGGCCUUGAGACUUGGUGACUUGGACUUGAGUCAACUCUUGUCACCGUUUUGAUGACUUGCGACUUGACAAAAAAUAAAUGACUUGACACUCAACUUGAGGCAUGAUGACUCAAAUAACUUGCGUGUAUUCAUAAGUUUGAAUGUUAGCUGUAAAAUAUGAAAUAAUAUAAUUUAAUGUAACAGUUGUUGGAAAAGUCUCAUGUCACUGUUUUGGUGUGGAGUGGAUGGGGCAAGGAGAGUGUGCUUUACAUGUAAUCAAGACCCACAGCCUGCUGCUCUGAAGCCUGGCAUCACCACACAGCCAGUGUACGGUACUGUCUUCCAUGACUUCAACUGAGACUCCCAGACAACAAGCAUGUUUAUUUAGUCUGUUUCUCUCUGCUGUUGUUGUGUUGUCACAUAGAACCGGUCUGGUUAAAUUCAAUUAUAUUAUAAUUUAAUGUUGUCAUUUUUCUAUUCUAUUUGUCUAUCAAGUAUGCCAUGCAGCCUCAGCAGCGGCAGCGCAAACUGUGAAUCAUGAUUGGAUGACUUAAAAAGCUGCCCGGUAUGUGAUUGUCAUGGUUGGAUGACUGGCUGCCAGUCAAACCCCUUGCUAUGGCAACAGGCGACUUGCGGGGAAUGACCUGUCAUUCAUCCACCCUGAAGCCUUGUCUGGACUGCAUCAGCUCAAAGUCCUUAUGCUCCAGAAUAAUCAGCUGAAGACUGUGCCCAGUGCAGCCCUGAAGAACCUUCACUCUUUGCAGUCUCUUCGCCUGGAUGCGAAUCACAUUACCACAGUUCCAGACGACAGUUUUGAAGACCUUCAGCAGCUGCGUCACCUCUGGUUGGAUGACAACAACCUGACUGAGGUCCCCGUCGGUUCUCUGAGACACCAGGCCAACCUUCAGGCUCUGACGCUGGCGCUUAACCGCAUCUCGUACAUACCCGACAACGCCUUCGCAAACCUCACCAGUCUAGUUGUGCUACAUCUUCAUAACAACAGAAUUAAGGAGAUUGGAGACAGUUGUUAUUCUGGACUUCUGAACCUGGAGACACUAGAUCUUAACUUCAACAACCUGAUGAUUUUUCCGAAAGCCAUAGAGGCCCUGCCCAAACUCAAGGAACUCGGGUUUCACAGCAACGAUAUUGCUUCCAUACCUGAAGGGGCCUUCCAUAACAACCCACUGCUGCGAACCAUACAUCUUUAUGACAACCCUCUGUCCUUCGUGGGCGCUUCAGCUUUUCAGAAUCUGUCUGACCUGCACUCCCUGAUGCUGCGUGGGGCCAGCAUGAUGCAGGACUUCCCCAUCCUUACAUGGACUAAUAGCCUUGAGAGUCUGACCCUGUCGGGAACCAAGAUAUCAUCCAUCCCCAUUAAUCUGUGUGAGGACCUCAAGUUGCUUCGGACGCUAGACCUGUCCUACAAUGAGAUCAAGGAGCUACCAUCCUUCCAGGGCUGCGUCCGGCUGCAGGAGAUAAGUUUUCAGCACAACCAUAUUCAACAAAUUGACAGGGGCACUUUCCAAGGUCUCUCUGCUCUCCGUUUACUAGACCUGAGUAGAAAUGCAAUCCGAGUUAUCCACAGAGAUGCUUUCCUCUCCCUCACUGCGCUCACCAACCUAGAUUUGAGUAUGAACUCUCUCACUGUGAUUCCAACAACUGGACUAAGCGCGCUCAGUCAGUUGAAACUCUCGGGGAACCCGCAGAUGAAAAAUGUGCUGACUGCGAAAAACCUGCCCAAACUCAGGUCCAUCUCCCUCCCUUAUGCCUACCAGUGCUGUGCAUUCGUUGGCUGUGACUCAAUUACAAGUUCUUCCGAGGAAUAUGACAUAAAGAAAUCUACAGGCGGGGAGGAUGUGGAAAGAAUCUCAAUGAUUAUGCAUUGCUCUCCUUCACCAGGAGCCUUCAAGCCUUGUGAGCACUUGCUGGGUAACUGGAUGAUUCGUCUGACAGUCUGGUUCAUCUGCCUGGUGUCGCUGGUCUUUAACAGCCUGGUGCUGGUGGCCACCUUCUCCCCAACACACCGAGCCGCAGGCCAUUCCCACUCUCUCACUCCGUCUCUCUCCCCAGCCCGGCUGCUGAUGGGGCUGCUGGCCCUGGCCAACCUGCUCACAGGCCUGUACGUCGGCGUGCUGACCGUGCUCGACGUUGCCACCUGGGGCUCGUUUGCCGAGUUUGGUGUGUGGUGGGAGAUGGGGCCUGGCUGUCAGGUCACAGGAACUCUGGCCGUCUUCUCGUCCGAGUGGGCGGUCUUGUUACUCUCGCUGGCAGCCGUGGAGCGCAGCGUGGCCGUGCGGACAAUUCUCGGCAAGGUAAUGAUGUCACCCAGAAGGAACGGCGGCAGCCAUCGCAGAUGUUGGAGAGGAGAUCGACGCUUCAGCCUUGCAGCAGGACUACUGGGGCUGCUGGCUGCUGCUGGAGCCUGCCUGCCUCUCCUAACCUCCAGUGACCAGUCCGCCUCUCCUCUCUGCCUGCCCUCCGCUGGCGGAGAGGGUCCAGCUCUGAGUGUUACAGUCGUUCUGGUGCUGCUCAACGCGCUGGCUUACCUGUUCACUGCAGCUGUGUACACCCAGCUGUACUGCCACCUGGGCAGGGUGGAGCUGGCCGACCCAGAGCAGACAGGCGCCCUGCGACACGUUGCCUGGCUCAUCUUCACCAACUGCAUCUUCUUCUGCCCCGUGGCAGCUUUCUCCUUCACCCCUCUCUUGACUGGCUCUACAGUAGGCGGCCCAGAGAUUGCCAAGUCCGUCACCCUCAUUUUCUUCCCGCUGCCUGCGUGCCUGAACCCAGUGCUGUAUGUGUUCUUCAGCCCGGCCUUCAGGGAGGACUGGCUGAGACUACGCGGCCGCGGAGGAAUGACCAGGGAGGUGAAGGCUGGCGCUGAAAGUCACGGAGAUGAUGGUGGCGGAGGGUCGGAGCUCACAGACGGCGGCUCCUCCACCCACCUGGGCUUUGACUGUGGGGUGUACUCACAGCUUUGUGGAGAGACGGUUGUAUGCGAGCAGUGCGAGGCUGCGCUGCAUGCCAGAACCUGCUCUUCUCCCUCGUCCUCCACGGUCUGUAGACACUUGGUGAAGUCUCACAGCUGUCCCACCCUCCUGGCGGGAGCUGCAGUGUGCCAGCGCGCUGAGGGGUUUUGGGCAGACAACGGCACACCCUCUGCUCAGUCUGAGUACGCAGACGAGGGAGACUCAUUUGUGUCAGACAGUUCAGACCAGGUUCAGGCCUGUGGCAGAGCCUGCUUCUGUCAGAGCAGAGGCCUUCCUCUGGUACACUACUCAUACAACAUACCUCGAGUCAAGGACUAAGGACGCGUCAGAGCUCCAGUACGUCUGAGGGCACAGAUCUCUCUGUCAUGUGAAUUUAGAUCCUACAAGAAUAUAUAAACAUUUUUAUAUCUCAAAUAACAAAAUGUGCCAAUUAAAACACUAUUCAGCAAGCACUUAUGUUUGUAAUUACUGUGUAAACAGAGAUGCAACCAGUCAUUUAAAGGGAACUUGGUAUGCUUCAUGAACUUAGAGACCAUUUCUACGUGAGCUGAACUGAGCACAUCAUGUUACAAACUAGUCGACAAAGGAUCUCGCAAAGGAAAGUCUUGCCGCCAGUGCCUGCCUCUUGCUUUCGAUUGGAUCUCCUGAUGUUGCGAGCCUCAAUGUUUGUGUCAAAGGUUUUGCGAUUUAUCUGUUUUACCUGUACUUAUAAGCUUUUUCAAUUUUAAUGGCUACACAUCUUGUCAAUUUUUAAAGCUUCUCCACAGCAACUGUUGAUUUUAUACUUUGAUUUUUUUUGUUUUGUUUUUACAUAAAUGUAGCAAAUGUAAUAAUCAUCGUAGACUUUUCUGUGUGAAUGUAACUUUUCAGGUGGUCUUCACCUACCAGAGCGGGAUAAUGUAACGUCAGCAAUAACUUCUGCCAUGCCUGCCUGUGAUCGUAAUCAGUGUGAGAAUGGUAUAAGUAAAUGCCAGUCUAUAAUAAACACGUCUUUGCUCUAAGUUACUAAGACUAAGAAUGUGAUAAACGUAGCAGAUAUCACUGUUAUAGCAACAGCUAUGCUUGGUGGUGGUUAUUUAUUGUUUGAGCAGCAGGACGGUGAAGACAAUUUCAGGUGGCCUUUGAAUGAUGAAUAUACAAUAUACCCCAAGCAUUUACCAAAACUACAGGACUUCUCUGUUUAAUUCUUCACCAAAAAAUAGUACACACAUACAGGUUUGGGUCAUUAUGGUCAUUAGUCUGAAAGAUAAUUCCAGUUAUUUAAAAAAAAUCUGGGCCUUAUUUUCUGACUUGUUUGCUAUCAUGCUGUUUGAUUUGGAUCAAACUUUUUUCUUGACUGCUGAGCUACACAUUGUAUUUGCCGUUGGGUAAAGAGACACAUCAAACCCAACAAACAUUGCCUUUUCAGUACAGUAACGCUUAAAUAAGACCUGCUUUUAUUUGAUGUUCAGAUUUCUGGCUGACAAAACAAUAACUGUUGACUGUUGAAUACAGUGUUUCCUGUAAAUAAAACCUGCCCAACAUUGAUCAAAUGAAUAAUUUAACAUUUUGGGAAAUACUGUUAUUUGCUGUCUUGUUGACAGUUGGAUGAGAAGAUUAAUACCACUCAUCACAUAUCUGUAUGCUAAUGUUUAGGCUAUAGCCAGCAGCUGGAUAGCUUAGUUUAGCAUAACAACUGAAAGCGGAGGGAAACAGCAGGCCUGUUUUAAUUUUUUCAAAAACUGAAGGAUUAAACAAGCGAGCUUUAGAUGCUCUGGUAUGUAACCUUUGGACAGAGUAGGGCUAGCUGUUUCCCUCUGUUUUCAGACUUUAUGCUAAGCUAAGCUAACCUGCUGCUGGUUUUAGCUUCUUAUUUAGCGUACAUAUAUGAGAGUGGUAUCACUUUUAAAAUGUAAAUCUCGGCACGAAAGAACAUUUCCAAAAAUGUCACUAAAGGAAAAAGUUAACUUUGGUUUUAUUUGGUGAACAACAAGCAACAAACAGGAAAUCUCCAAAAUUCAACUAUUAAUCACACAAGUUGAACUUAUGAGAAGAGUGAUAGCUGACGUACAUUUCUGCUUGAUUAAAAAUGUAUCAUUAAGCAUAAUUUGGCUUGUGAGCGACAAGUUAAACACAUUAAUACCGUCCAAGUUAAA